AUGUUCCCUCAUGAGCUCCUUAAUAUGACGAGGAUGCCAGAAGGACUGGCACUUCUCCCGUCCUCGUGGCCCUCUGGUCCCAAGUGCCGCCCUGGUUAUGAAUAUCGCCCGAGACCCGAAGCCCGAGAACCCGAAGUCCGAGAACCCGAAGCCCGAGACCCGAAGCCCGAGAACCCGAAGCCCGAGACCCGGAGCCCGAGAACCCGAAGCCCGAGACCCGAAGCCCGAGAACCCGAAGCCCGAGACCCGAAGCCCGAGAACCCGAAGCCCGUGAACCCGAAGCCCGAGACCCGAAGCCCGAGAACCCGAAGCCCGAGACCCGAAGCCCGAGACCCGAAGCCCGAGAACCCGAAGCCCGAGACCCGAAGCCCGAGACCCGAAGCCCGAGAACCCGAAGCCCGAGACCCGAAGCCCGAGAACCCGAAGCCCGAGACCCGAAGCCCGAGACCCGAAGCCCGAGACCCGAAGCCCGAGACCCGAAGCCCGAGACCCGAAGCCCGAGACCCGAAGCCGAUGCGCAUCAGUCAGUCAAAACGCCUAAGGCAAAUCACAGCCUCAGGGACGUCGUGGUGGCCGGAACUGGAUCCUCUGGGGAGUUUAGUACCUGAAGAAUUCUUUGGGUCUGUUGAGCGUUUGCGUAAUGGAAGCUGA